UUGGACCUUAUUUAUGAGCGGAUAAUGUCUCAAAUGGGAUCUUCGUCAUUGAUUAUCGAGUUUUAUUGUCCUGUUUAAGUUCUGCUGAUUUAAAAAGUGGCUGUAAUUAAUUUUGUUCUUCCCAGGAUUAGAUCUAUCAGAUCCCAAACAAUUGGCAGAGUUUGCCAGACCUGGACACAAGAUAAGACUAAAGAAACCUUCACCAGAGUCUUCAGACAGAACUAUAGCGUGCCCACACAAGGGUUGCACUAAAAUGUUCCGCGACAAUUCAGCGAUGAGGAAACAUCUCCACACGCACGGACCACGGGUACACGUUUGUGCCGAAUGUGGCAAAGCGUUUGUGGAGAGUUCCAAGUUAAAACGUCAUCAACUCGUCCAUACUGGGGAGAAACCGUUCCAGUGCACCUUCGAAGGGUGCGGUAAGAGAUUCUCGUUGGAUUUCAAUCUGAGAACACACGUCCGCAUCCACACCGGUGAUCGGCCGUACGUCUGUCCGUUCGACGGCUGCAACAAGAAGUUCGCGCAGAGCACCAAUCUCAAGUCGCAUAUACUAACACACGCCAAAGCAAAAUCUAGAAAUUCACUAUCACGUAAUGGUGGCAACAAUUACGAAUCGGCACGGACCACACCACAGUUUGUCCAGCUAGAAAUGUCACCGGACGAUUCCAAUCCGCAGCUCAUCUUUUACACGCACGAAUGAAGCAAAACAGACAGCACGAUAGACAUUAAGGAUUCUGUACAGUGCAUUUGAAGAGUUUGGACGGUGUUAUUGAAGACGUUAAAUGGUGUUUUAAAAGUUAGUGAAGUGUCAAUACGGACUUUUAAAAGUGAUAAAUUAGUUUUUGAACGCCAAUUGUUAAUAGUAUAAAGAAGUGUUGUGUUUAAAGAAAAAUGACAAUUUCGAGUGUUCUAAAAUGUUUCGGGUUAUGUAUAGCAUAAUAGGGGUUUUCCUACGAGGAAGACCAUUAAUGUAAAUUAGAUGUGUAGAUAAUAUAAAUGCAGUCGAAAGUGUCUUAGCUAUUGUGUAGUUUGGAUGAAGUGAUAAAAGGUUCGAGAAGAAUAUGCUAGUCUCAAGUUUUGAGAUGUAAUGGUGAAAACUGACUGAGCUGAUUAUAUAAUGAUUAGGCUAUGCAGCGAACAAUAUUUGUUGUAGCAAACUAUAUUAUUAGUUUUUUGUUUGGAUUUUGAAUGCAGUUUGCAUCAUUUUAUACCAAUAUAUAUGUCAACAGGCGACGUAUCCAACC